AUGCAUCUUCAUCAUCUUCCUUGCUUGGCAGCUCUGGCUGGUUGGUCGAUUCAGCCAGCCUUGGGCGUGCCGCACUCACCUAGAGGGCAGGAGGGACAGUGCAAGAAGACUAAUGUUGCGAUUCUUGGAGGUGGAAUUGCUGGCAUCUCGGCUGCGCAAGCUUUGACGAACGCAUCGAUCCAUGACUUUGCCAUUAUCGAGUAUCGCGAUACCAUCGGAGGCAGAGCUUGGCACAAGCCUUUUGGCAAGGGUCCGGAUGGGAAGCCGUAUACCAUCGAGAUGGGUGCGAACUGGGUUCAAGGUCUUGGAAACCCUGGUGGUCCUCAAAACCCAAUCUGGACUCUGGCUCAGAAGUAUAAUCUGAAGACCCACUACUCCAACUACGACAAUAUCUCGACCUACAACGAUAAGGGGUAUUCCGAUUAUAGUCACCUUCUCGAUGCCUAUGACAAAGCCUACGACAUCGCCAACAAGAAGGCUGGCGAGAUCUUGACCCAGAAUCUGCAGGAUCAGACAGCCCAGUCAGGUCUUGCGUUAGCCGGCUGGAACCCAGGAAAGCACGACAUGGAGGCACAGGCUGUUGACUGGUGGAAAUGGGACUUCGAGGACAACUUUACUCCGUUGGAGAGCUCCCUUGUUUACGGAUGCGCUGGAGACAACCUGACCUCCAAUGUAUUCAGUGGUCACGACAACUUCGUCCUUGAUCCGCGUGGAUUCAACACGAUCAUCAAGGGAAUGGCUUCGGAUUUCCUCAAGGGUGACAACGAUCCCCGUCUCUACCUGAACACUCAGAUCACCGAGAUCGAAUAUCAUAAAGACGGAGUCACGAUACACAACAAGGAUGGGAGCUGCAUCACUGCUGCAUAUGCUAUCUGCACUUUCUCUUUAGGCGUUCUGCAGAGCGACGCUGUCAAAUUCACACCUGCUCUCCCGGAGUGGAAGCAGACCGCCAUUCAGAAGUUCACCAUGGGCACCUACACCAAGAUCUUCAUGCAGUUCAAUGAGACCUUCUGGCCCACAAACACCCAGUACUUCCUCUACGCUGAUCCCGUCAUGCGCGGCUGGUAUCCUGUUUUCCAGUCUCUCUCGAUGCCUGAGUUUCUCCCCGGAUCCAACAUCCUCUUCGUGACCGUGACCAACGAGUUAGCCUGGCGCGCUGAGCGACAGUCCGACGAGAAAACUAAGAAAGAAAUCAUGGACGUCCUGCACAAGAUGUUCCCCAAGAAGGAAAUCCCGGAGCCAACCGCCUUCCUCUAUCCGCGCUGGAGCCAGGAGCCCUGGGCCCAUGGCAGCUACUCCAACUGGCCUCCUUCCACAACCCUUGAGAUGCACCAGAACUUGCGCGCCAAUACAGACCGUCUGUGGUUCGCUGGUGAGGCGACUAGUCCCACUUAUUUCGGAUUCUUGCAUGGUGCUUGGUUCGAGGGUCGUGAUGCGGGCCGAAAUAUUGCUGCUAUUAUGCAUAAGAACUGCGUUCAUCCUGAGUCGAAGAAGCUGAAGGAGUGCGGAGCUCGUCGCCAUUAUGAGACCCUUCAUGGUACCUCUCCAUUUGCUGAUUACAGUGCUGUAAAUGGGUGGACGGCAAACAGCUUUUACGAUAGCAACACCGACUAG